AUGUCGAAGCCACACUCCAAGACCGUCCGCGGAACAUUUGACAACCCAAAGACACAAGCUGCCAUCAAAUCAGACAGCAACCCACCCCAAUUAGGAGACCAUGUUUCGCUCAAACCAGAGAUCGACAACCCGCCCACGCCAGAGAACCAAAAAGCCAAAAAGGCCGCUUCAUCGUUGGUCCCGAACUCGUCAUCGGACACGAACGAUGACGAUCUGCCUCACUCCCAGAAGGUCAGAGGAACGCUGGCGAAUUCGGAUGGAAAGAAAGUCAACAGGACCCAGUUGGGCGACCCAGCGAGCUUGAAGGCGGAGACGAGUAGGACUGAUUUGGGCAGGCAGACGGAGAGGGAGGGCAAAGAGAAGAGCAAGCUCUGA